AUGACUAGUAUUAAAGACCUGAACGCCUCCGUAAUGCGUAGUUAUAGAGCGAGGCUAGCUGCCAGAAGUCUGGCGUCUGGAUUCCAAGCCGGCAGUGAAUGCCUGGCGUCAAGAGGGGGGAAGAGUACAGCGGGGUGGGGACGGGACGCCAGUUGCCAGACAAACCGGCCGUGUCUCUGGAACGGAGAGUCGGAAGAUUACACCAACAGCAAUAAGCGGCAAAGGGCCUGGGAGGAUUUGGUCAAGUUUUCGAAAAAAAUCAAUCCAAGCGCCGACGUUUCUUGGGUAAAGAAGAAAGUGCACACCAUCAGGGGUUCCUUCCGCAAAGAAAUGAAAAAGGUAACGCUGUCUUCGAACAGCCUGGACGGCGAGGAUGGAUUGUACAAACCGAAGUUGUGGUACUACGAGCACCUCCUAUUUACUAAAGGCAAGGAAAAACAGAGGAAGUCCAAAAACAGCGUUGAAGAAAGAGAGGAGGAAUUGGUUGAAGACUCUUCUAAUGUUUCAGUUGAAUAUGCAUUCCCGGUGGAAAACAUGAUUUUCGCUAAAGAUAACCUAAAGAAAAGGAAAAUCACAUGGGAAAAUGAUGAGGCUGACGAACAGACAGAUGAUAUACCAUCUUUACUUCGAAAGGCGAGCCUUGCACUCGACAGCAAAGACGACGAGUACGAUUCUCAUGGCAAAACGAUAGCGGCGAAACUUCGAAGGAUCGCCUCUGCGAAUUACGAUCAAUUUUUGAUGGCCGACAACCUGCUCAACCAAGUUCUGUUCAAGGGCCUGAAGAACCAGCUCACAGUAAGUACAACCAUUACUGAUGCGAACCGUAGAUGGCCAGUGCAACACAAUCCGGUUGAAAACCAAACUGGAAGCAGUCCUUCUUCCAUGUAUUCCAUGCAAUCACCUUCAUCUCCAGCGGCACAAGACGUCGAUUCGCACGCAGCUGAAGUAGAAGAAGGAAGCUAACCAAUGUACUUAUUAUUAAUUGUGUUUUCAGAUUUAACUGUAAUCAUUACUUAGUUCUUACAUGUACAUUCAUUGUAAAUAUGGAAGAGAAAAAAGGCAAAUGCUUUUUCUAUUCCUUUUAUUAAGUAACUCUAAAACAUAGCUUUAAUAUUUAUUUAAGAUAUGGUACAGCAUAAAUUAUAUAUGUCGUAGGGAGAGAAAAUAAGUUUUCAUCUUUUCUGUUUCUUUACCAAUCUUAUUUCUUUGGUUCUUGUUAACCAUACCAUCAUUUACUUUCCUCAAUAUUUGAUCCCUUGGGAGACGUUUUUUCUCUCUUUCUCUCUGCCUCUAUUCUAAAUAUAAUCCUUUCUUCACGUCUUAUUGCCGUAGCGGAUUUUCACAAAGGUAGAUCAGGUUUUUGUUUGGAAAUUUCUUUAGGUGGAAAUCUUCGGGGAUAAGAAUUAGUAGUGAAAUUAAAGUUCUGAUUCAAUGCAAUUUCCAAGUAAAAAAAAAUGGUCUAAUUAAGCAACUGUAAAUUUAAAAAAUAUCUUCACUUAGUUUUUAACUACAAAACAAUUAUUGUUUCGCCACCUACAAUUCAUGUAUUGUAGCUAUGCCCUUACUCGAACACUGCGAUGAGGGCUCAAAUAUUAAGGGUUGGCCAGUUUAAUCAUUAACCAGUUGACCAGUUCAAAUAUUAAGCAUUGCAACUAAUGGGGAGAAAGGGGAUACAUAUCCAGUAUUUCGAUGGAGAAGGGAAUUUAAUUUUUAGAUUAAGUAAAUAUGUUUUGUUUCCCCUUCUUGAUCGCUAAGUGUGAAUUCAGUAGUAAACAAAGCAAAAAUAAAUAACGAGUUAUGAG